GCGUUGUUCAGGCAUAUGACUCCGCCACGCCACCAACCCUGCACGGGCCACGGCCAUUCCUCCUCUCCCCUCUCCCAGACGUCCAUGCGCCGGCCUCACUCAGCAACAGCGCCAUGGCUGCAUUGCCAUUGCAUGCAGCUGGCUCCAGCUCCCACCUCCAAUCCCAUCGGUGCCUGUUGCCAGCCCACCCUGCCUCCCGCCACCGCUAGCCCUCCGUCCUUUUUUAAUGCUGCUCCUCUCUGCAGUCUGCACUCACAGUCACAGACUCACAGUCGCACAGCGGGCACGAACAGGCCGCCGAAAUGGCGCUCGCCGCCGCCGCCGUCCUCUUGCUGAUCCCUGGCCUUCUCCUCACGGCGAUGGCGGCCACGCCGUACCCUCACGGCGACCCGCUCCUCGGCGCGUCCAAGAGGUACGAGGGCAGCUCCGACCUGGUGGAUCUCCGCUACCACAUGGGCCCCGUCCUCUCCGCCGCGCCGCUCCGCCUCUACGUGCUCUGGUACGGCCGCUGGGACCCCGCGCACCAGGCGCCCCUCCGCGACUUCCUCCUCUCCCUCUCCGACCCGUCCCCGCCGCCGCCCUCCGUCGCCGCCUGGUGGGCCACCGCCGCGCUCUACGCCGACCAGACCCUCGCCAACGUCACCCGCCGCGUCGCGCUCGCGGCCGAGGCCGCCGACGCGUCCGCCUCGCUCGGCCGCUCCCUCUCCCGCCUCGACAUCCAGCGGGUGCUCGCCGCAGCCGUCGCCGCGGGCCGCCUCCCCGCCGACGCCCGCGGCGGCGCGUACCUCGUGCUCACCGCGCCCGGCGUCGGCGUCCAGGACUUCUGCCGCGCCGUCUGCGGCUUCCACUACUUCACCUUCCCCUCGCUCGUGGGGCACACGCUCCCCUACGCCUGGGUCGGCCACAGCGGCGGCCGCUGCGCCGACGUCUGCGCAUACCCGUUCGCGCUGCCGGCCUACAUGUCCCGGGGCGGCAUGGCGGCGCUGCGCCCGCCCAACGGCGACGCGGGCGUCGACGGCAUGGUCAGCGUCAUCGCGCACGAGCUGGCCGAGCUCGCCACCAACCCGCUCGUCAACGCAUGGUACGCAGGGGAGGACCCCACCGCGCCCACCGAGAUCGCCGACCUCUGCGAGGGGGUGUACGGGACGGGCGGCGGCGGCGGGUACGCCGGGAGGGUGGCGGUGGACGCGCAGGGGAGGAGCUGGAAUGUCAACGGCAGGAGCGGGAGGAAGUUCUUGGUGCAGUGGCUGUGGAGCCCAGAGGCCAAAGCCUGCGUGGGGCCCAAUGCCAGUGACUAGGCUGUGUUUAGCCAACGCCGCUAGCAUGUAGACUAGAUUACUACUAGUGGAAAAGUAGCAUAAUUUUUGGGAAUUUGUAUCGUAUUUUUUCGGUUUAUUAUAUGUAUGAAAGCUACUUUUUUCGUCCAAAAAAAAUAUAAAUCUCGUUUUCUGAA